AUGACAGACCUACAUGACGCUCUCCCCGUCCGAGAAACCAAACGCACCCGUGUUCAACUAUCUUGUACAGCAUGUAGAGCGCGCAAGCAAGUAUUGAAGUGCUGCCGCGUUCACCCCUGCACCAAUUGCAGGAAGCGUGGCGAGGCCAACUCCUGCACCUUUGUUGGCCGCGGACCGCGAGGCAAGGCCUCGCAAGGGCGCGCGAGUCCCACACAUGUCCAGGAUCGGUUGCAACACCUAGAGAACCUGAUAUUAUCACUAACGCAGCAGAAGAUGCUGGAGCAACCCACAGAGACAAAUGGGGAUGGCGCGGGAACCGGGGGAGAAGAGGUGAACUUCGCCGCUCUGGAAUCGACCAACACAGGAGAAGCACUCUUCGCGAACUCGACCCGGAUCCAUACGGAUGAUACUGGGACUGAUGAGAGUCAGCGCAUACCACCGGUGGGGCUGGCGUCAAGGCUCCAUCCUCUGACACCGGAGGAAUCGCCGUCUGACCCCCCGGGGAAGCUUGUGGCCCAAGAAGCUGGAACGAGGUACGUUGAUGGUGCUCACUGGAGAGCUGUACUGGAGGAGGUAUGUUACUUGGAGGAGCUGCUGGCACAAAUACCGCCGCGGCCGGUGACUGAUCGCCUGGUGGCACAGUGGCUUAAUAGCAAAGAGCCUGUGAUUAGCAUCACGCACAUUCCAACGUUUCAAAAAGAGCAGUACAAUAAGUUCUGGGACCGCCCGCAUGAAGUCUCCUUGCCAUGGCUAGCUCUAUUAUCUGCCUGCAUCGCAAUGGCGCUUGCCUUCAAUCAGCGUAGUGGAGACCCGACGCCCCUAUCACCUCAGGACCCUGCUGAGGCUCAGAAUUCGUUCCGCAAGCUCACAGCACAAUGUCUUGUUCAGUCGAAUUAUACCGCGCCUGCCAGGUACAAAGUCGAGGCACUGUUUCUCUACACUAUGAGCGAGUUCCUCCGGAGUGACGACGCACAAGUCGGGGUUUCCUUUCUCCUCGGUAUCACAAUCCGCCUGGCCAUCCGAGCAGGCUACCAUCGAGACCCCAAGCACUUUCCCGACAUGUCGGCCUUUGACGGCGAGAUGCGUCGACGCGUCUGGACCAUUCUUCGACAAAUGGACACUCUAAUUAGCUUCCAGGUUGGCGUCCCCAGAACUAUCCAAGACUGGCAACAUGAUGUGGAAUUACCCCGCAACAUAUCCGACGAGGACUUCGAUGAGAGCACCGAGGAACUACCCCCUUCCCGCCCUGAUGAAAUCUUCACGUUGAUGUCCUACACCCGUGCCAAGUCACGCAUCAUGACUAUAUUCGGCAAAAUCUCAGAUCUAGCAUAUUCGCGCGAGCCCGUUAUUUACGAGGUGACCCAGGCUCUCGACCGUCAACUUGACGAAGCGCACGAUCAGGUGCCUUCCACUUUCAAAAUGCGACCUAUCAACCAGUGCAUUGCGGAUCCCUCCGACCUCAUCUUCCGGCGAUACACUGUGGAGCUACUGUACUUGAAGACGCGGUGUGUGUUGCACCGGAGGUAUCUGGGCGAAGACCACAACAACCUCCGCUACGCCUACUCGCGGUGGGUGUGCAUGAGCUCCUCGAAGGAUAUUCUUCGCCACCAAGCAGAUAUUCACCAUGAAACGCAGCCAGGGGGGCUGUUAUACCGGGAUAGACUGUUCCCCAACGCGCUGCAAUAUGCAGACUAUCUGCUUGCAGCCAUGAUCAUUUGUCUGGAGCUGUCACAUCAGCGCACAGGGACGCCGCCGCUCGGUGUAGGCACGAAUGAUGACCUCGCGGUGAUAGUUCGGGGUCAGGAGGAGCUGUUGUCGGCGUUGGAGAUGUCGCAUGAGAUAUUCGAUAAGAUGCGUCGACGCUCAGCAGAUGCGCAGCUGGGGUAUGCCGCAAUGACGAUCAUGCUUCGUUGGGUGAAGCAGCAGCGUUCGGGGCCGGAGGAUCAGCAGCAGCCGCAGCAGCAGCAGCCAAGCAUCUCAGAUGCGCUGGACUUCCAGCCGAUGGACGGCGUAACUCCGGGCUAUGCUUCUCUGGACGUCAUCGGCAAUAUGUUAGAUACGCCUACGAACAUGGAUUGGGUGAGUUUAGUCUUUUGGAGAGUGAUCGAUGUAUAG